AUGUACAUAGACUACAGAGAAUUGAACCAAUUGACAUUGAAGGAUAAGUACCCCAUCCCACUAAUAGAUGACUUAUUGGAUGAAUUACAGGGUGCUAUGUACUUCAAUCUUUGUUUAAGGUGGACUUAUGAAUAUUUCAGGCCUUAUUUGAGGAGGUUUACUCUGAUUUUCUUUGAUGAUAUAUUGGUGUGUAGUCCAAAGUGUGAUGCAUUAGGAGGGGCAAUUGGAGCUGUCUUACAACAAGGUGGUAGACCUAUUGCCUUCACUAGUCAAUCAUUUUGUCCUAAAAAUCAAGCAUUAUCUACUUAUGAGAGAGAAAUGAUGGCUAUUGUGUCUACCAUUAAAAAAUAG